AUGGACUUUAGUCGGUUUUUGGAAGUGAUUUUUGUCGAAGGGGACGAAACACUGCCCAAUGUUCAUAGGCCAUCCACCAAACGUCCGAUGGGACCCCCUCGUCCACCUUUGACUUGUUCGGUGACGAUUGAGCCUGUUCCUGAGGGUGGGAAACCUGUUGCUGUGAUCCAAUGCCCUGCUUGCCGACACACUCUGAAAUCGUCCGAGGCUUUGGAGGUUCAUCGGCGCACAUUCCAUGCCGAUUAUUCGGACCUUUCCCAAUCGAUAGCUUACCCUUGCCAGGAGUGUGACAUGACGUUCCCUCGGAAGGUUUUACUGGACGAACAUAUGAUUUGUCAUAUUCGUGUUCCUUUGGAGCCAUCUAGUCUGGACUUGGAACAGAGCCCUCAAGAGAGGAAAUCUUUCCAGUGUCCCGUUUGUAGCAAACGCUUUCAAACGAAUCGCCUAUUGAAACAACAUGGGAAAAUCCAUGACGAGAACCGGGUCCGAAGCCAUAAAUGUCCGGAGUGUUCCAGCGCCUUCUUUGUCAAGUACAAAUUGGCUCGACAUAUGAAGCUCCACAAGAAUGAGGUUGUGUUCAAAGACAUAUCCAAGGUCCACCAGACAUGUGGGACAAGUGGGACGGAUUGGACAAAUGUGUUUCCGUGCUCGUUGUGCGCCAAAACCUUCAAGUCGAGAAGGCUUCUGCGAGCUCACAAGGCCAUUCACGCUAAAAUUCGGGUACGGAGUCAUGUGUGUGCUCUCUGCUCGAGAGGCUUCUACGUGAAACAUAAAUUGGAACGACACUUGAAGAUCCAUGAUGAAAAGUAA